AUGACGGCUGCAUCAGUGCCGCGGCACGGGCAGGACGCCGCCUCUCCCCCGCGCUCCCCAGGCUCUCUCUCCGCCUCGCGGUCGCGGUCGCUAUCGCCGUCCUCGCAGGCCUCACGCGCCUCGCCGUUGGGCGCCGCAACCGGCCCGGUGGCGUUCCCCGCGUCGGCCUCCUCCGAAGAAUCUUCCUGUGGUUUCCCAGCUUCCUCUUCUUCCUCUGCCUCGGCUGCGGCUGCCUCCGGGUCUGUGCCACCUGCGCACGGAGCCCUUCCUGUGGCAUCGCCUCGCUUGGCCGCGGCUGCGGCCGCGCUGCGGAGCUUCCGCGCGACCGGAACAGUGUCCCGCGUUCAGGUGUUUGAGAGCAAGCGACUGGUGCUGCUCAUCGGCGAGGCUGCGGCGCCUCCCGAGUGCGACGCGCAGCCGGCCCCAGCCCACCACAAGCUCUACACGAUGCUUUUAAUAUACAAGCACGCGGCCUUCCAGCAGCAGGCGGCCGAACGCGCAAAGGGCCUGCAGGGCGCGGAGUCGCCUGCGGUCGCCGAGCCCCACAUGGCGCUGCUCGGGAACGCGCCCGACGGCGUCGAGGAAGUGGAGCGCGACAGACUGCUGCGGGCGCUGAAGGAGUUAUGCGAGGAGAUGCACGAUCCCCUGGAACUCGCAGUCCGCGACGCGCACGGGCUCGUUGGGCUCCUGCCGCUCGCGCAGGGCUGUCGCCUCUGCGUCAUCACGCAGGCCGCGAAGGUUGCGUCGUUCCUCGGCGUUCACGACAUUUUCAGGGUGGCGGAGACGAAGAUGGUUCCGGUCUUCACUGCGGCGCCCAUCCCGCCGAACUUUCCGGUUUAUGUACACCAGGCGCUCUGUUCGGCCCCGGCCGCGCCUCAGCCGCCCCUGCCCCCUGGCACACCGCGAACGAGAACUGCGUGCGUCUGCGGCAUGCAUUUCUCCGCCUCAUCACACGAAGAAUGUCAUCCCCCCCGAUGCGACUCCGGUUCGUCUCGUGGGGGGGAUCCUCUGCCUUCGAGUCCGCAGUCGCCUGCCUCCUGUUCGCUGCCCGCGUUGCCUCCGCUCCGCAGCGCGCUGCGCGACGCGAAGUCUCCCGCCGUCCCGAGCACCUGGAGCGCGGCGGCGCGCGCGGCGGACAACAAGUAUGAGAGCCUCCUCGCGUCGUUCGCGCCGGAGAAAUCUUGUUUUUUCUGCCGCUCCUUCUUCCUCUGCCUGCCGCUGCAGCAGGUCGCCGCGCGAUCCUGCCGCGCGAGCUCCCCCACGAAGGAAAGAGUUUUCGGCGGCGGCUCUGAGGCCGCUGCGCAUACUCAAGCUCCGGAGACAGACGAGGCCGCUGAGACGAAUAAUGAAAUCUCCUUCCACGAUUUCCUCGCCUGCUGCGACAGCGAGGCGGACGCGCGCGAGAUCCCGCUGAGGAAAGAGGAGCGCAGAUUCAUAUGGAACUACGCACUCAUGGAGGCGUUUUUUCGGCAAGGCGCAGCCGGAGCCGCCUGCGUGCGGCGCGGCCUGCUGCUGCCGCUGCUCCACGGCUUCGUGCGACCGGUGUCGCUCUCCCUCGCGCGCGGGACUGCGCAGCUGCUUCUCAUCGCUCGGCGAUCGGCCUUCUUCGCGGGCACGCGGUACCGCAAACGCGGGCUGUCCGUGGCGGGCGACUCUGCGAACGAAGUGGAGACCGAGUUCAUCUUCUACACCUAUACGCCGCGCGCGCAUCCCUCUGCGGGCCCGCUCACGUGCCCUCCGCGCGCACCUCCUUCGCCUCUGGUCUCGGCGGACUCUGGCUGGCCGCGCGUGUUUGAUUUUCAUUUAUUCUCUCAUGUGCAGGUCCGCGGCAGCGCGCCGACAUUCUGGGCGCAGGCCGCGACCGUGCUUCCCGCCAUGCCGCCGAUUGUUUGUGCGCAGACGGAUGUAAACCGCUCCGCAACGCGCCGGCAUUUCAGCUCCCUUUUCCAGCGCUACGGCGCGCCAAUCCACUGUCUGAACUUGCUUCAGCGCCGCCGGCCGCCCCCCCCGGCGCCGUCGCUCGCGGCCGCGCCGGCGCCUCUGAGCAGACAGACGACGCUGCUUGCCGCGGGCGACGCGGCGCGGCUCGAGUCGUUCGGCGCCAGGCCGGAGACAGCCGGCAGCGAGCCUCUCGGCGCGCUGCCGGCGACGUCAUGGCUGUCGCGCGCGGCGUCGCUGGAGCUCGCCAGCGCGCUGGCAGCUCCCUCCUCGGCCUCCUGCGAGGCCUCCACGCUCGCGUCGCAGACCUCUGGGCCUCUGCAUGCGUCCGUCGUCGACGCGGCGCUGGCGGCUGGGCGGAAGGGCACGGGCUACGAGAGCCGCGAAGAGCAAGAGAACGCCCUGGGGGAGGUAUACAGACAGCUCGUCGAGGCGCUAAAUGAGGAGUUGCCUCCGUCGCUGCGUCUCGAGUUUCACUGGAUCGACUUAAAGCGGCAGCAUGCUCCCGUCCAGGCGGCGGCGGCUGCGCUGUCACCGCGCGCGCCGCAGGUCUCUUCGGCGCCCCCCUGGGGCCUGCAGGCAAACCCCUUACACGCUGACUUGGUCGCUUGCGGAGACUUGGUCGCGCAUGCGGAGAACCUCCGCCGGCGCCGCGACGCCUCCCGCGCCGGCGAGGCGCUGCCGGGGUUCUUUGAGUCUCUCACGGCCGCAUGCGGCGAUGCAAAGGCUGCAGACGAGACGCGGAGGCUCGCGCGGGCGCGCGCGGCGCAGGAGGCGCUUCUGACUCCGUACCAACGCCUGAAGCUGCUCAGCGAGGAAAUGCGUGACACCGUCGGGUUCUUCUACACAAACGAUCCAGUCACCCUUCGCGCGACACGCAUCCAGCACGGGGUGUGCCGCAUCAACUGCCUCGACUGUCUGGACCGCACGAACGACGCACAGCUGAGUCUGCACCACGCGCUGCUCCUACACUUUCUGCGCGCGAUGCGCUUCGUCCCUGCGGACACGACAGAACUCGACUUGCCUAUUGCGUCCACUCUGGCGGGCCUUCUGGAGGCGGCAGGCGACGAGAUCGCGAUGCAAUACGGAGGCUCCAACGCGCACAAGAAGCAGCGCCGCUUGCGUUCGUGCCCGUCGUCGCCGCCGCCGUCGCUGCCUGUCGCCACUUCGGCGCCGCGCCCGCCGAGUCCCUCGCCAGCUGCUUCAGCAGCAGCCUCUCGCGCGGCGCCCGCCCCGGUGCCGCCUGCGACCGCGCUCUCUGCCUCGGUGCUUUCUGCGUCAUCUGCGCUUGCACGCGCAGCUCCGCUCCAUUCUUCUUCGCCUGCCGCGUCCUCGGCUUGCAUUCGGGUGUCCCUCUUGCGCGAGGGCGAGGCGCGGGCCCCGUCGGGGAUCGCCUCGUGGCUAGAUCGCGCCUCGACUGCGAUAUUCGGCUUCAGCCGGGGCGGGCGGCCCGAGGGCGACGAAGGCGGGCAGGAGGGACCCAACGCUGAGGAGACCGGACUGCUCUCCUCGCCUCUCUUCCUCCUCUCGCUGGCAACGUCGGUGAAACGGAGAUACCACAACGUCCUCGCCGACGGCGGCAAGCAGCAGGCCGUCAACCUGUUUCAGUGCAGGUUCCGGCCUGCAGACGUCCUCGAGGGAAACGCCUUCGAGCUCGCGCCCGCCUCGCAGGAAGCGGAUGCGGACGUCUGGUGUCAUCACGAGUGGCUGGCGCCGGCCUUCGAGCCCGGCGACUGGUGGGUGCUCCCGCUCCAGCGCUUCGUCAACGCCAUGCGCCUCGCGCUCGCGGCCAAGACGCUUUCGGCCGUGGCGCCGCUGCCGGCGUGCGCCGGCGCUGCCCUCUCCCCACCCUCGCCUCCGCCUCCGUCCUCAGCGCCAGGUUGUGCGUUGGCGUCGUCCUUCUGCCCGCUGUGUGUGCGCUCGCCUCGCGCCUGGGUGCCUGCGGAGAGCGCCGUAACGGCCGCGCCUCUGCCGCCGCGGCGUGCCGCAGCCUGUCCGCGCUGGCUGGCGUUGUUUGGCGGGCCGCUAGAGCGCCUCGCACUCCCCCCCUCGCUGCGCGUUCCCCGAGUUGCGGCCGGCCCGCCGUCGCCCGCGUUUCGCCUCCGUCUGUCGCCCGACGAGCUCCGCUUCGCGCCUGCAUGCUGCGCGUGCGCCGCGCCGUCGUCGCCUCGCGCUUCGCUGGUCGCGUCGGAAGACGCGCGGGAAAACAGGGCCCUUGGACGCCGCGCGAGCGCCGCCGACGGCCUCGACGGCGGCCUCGGGUGCGUCUUCACCUAUCGACCUUGGAUUGAGGAGGCGAAGGCAGAAGGCGUCCACGCCGCGGAACUGGUCAGUCGCGUGCUGCCGCGGGAGGCCGCCGAGGACGCAGAGGCAGAGGAGAACACGCCGAGCGAGGGGGGGGGGUGUCGAGACGCGUCGUCGGUGGGCGAAAGCUGCGAAGAAGUCUCGCUUUUCCAGGCGUCGUUCGCGCUGCUGCUGCCGGCCUGCUUCGUGCGGCGCACCGCCGCGCAGGCGAGGCCCAGGGGGUGCAGACGCGCAACGGUCGGCGCGGCGGCCUCGGCCCCGCGUCGCCCUGCUGUGGCGACGCCCGCACACGUGGUGCGCGGCGAUGCGGCGGCUUCGUCGCCCGGCGCAGACGGGGCCCCCGCGACCGCGGCGGAUCAGCGGCAGCGCACGGCGCGUCGGGAGCCUCUGGCAGCCGUUGCUACGUCUGCGUCGCCACGAGGAUCCUCUCCUUCCGUGGCGGACGCAUGCUGGCGAGCGGGACGCGCGCAGGCCGCCGCCCUUCCUUCGCGAAUCUGCCUCUCACCUCGUCCAUCAACGCCGCCUCCCGCGGCGCCGGCUCACCGGUACCGCGCGCUGCAGGAGCUCGCGGCGGACGACAAACUCGACGGCGAGCGCGCGCUCUUUGCGCGCUUCCUCGAGGAGCAGCCUGCGGGCGGAGGCGCCGCGCGCGCGGCCGUGCUGCGGGCCGCAGAGACAUCCAGCAGCGCGAGCGAAAUGACUCCCGCCGAGAGCGCCAGCGAGGACGCCGAGCCGUGCGGCGACGGCGGCCGCGGAGCUGGGCGUCGCGCGGCGCGGGACGAAGGCGAAGGCCGACCGCCAGGGCGCAUGCAGACACCAGACCGCCCCCGCCUCCCCCUCGACACGGCGGCCGCCGGCGCGCUUGGCGCAGAGCGAUCGCAGGGCUCUGGAGAACGCAGCGAGGACCUGCGAAGGCGCGCGCGAGAGGCGCGGGCCUUUCACUUCCGCAUCGGCGACGCGCCGAGCCUCGGCGGCUUCCUACUCGCGUCGCACCCUUCCUCGCUGCUCGCCCCGUCGCGGCCGUCGGCCUUCACCACGCUGCAGACCUUCCACGCCUUCGAGGCUUCGCUUCUCUGCCCGCGCUGCGCGUUGGCGGUCGCCGAGCGCUCAGGCAGGAUCGAAUGCCUGUGCGCAAGCGGCACGUGUCGAGGCGCCUGGGUGGCGCCAUGCCCGAGGGCAUGUGCAGCCGCAGGACCUGACUCGCGCCGCGACGCAGCUGAGGCGGUCGCCAGUGGGAGGCGACCACAGCCUCGGCACACUGCCGGGUGUUUGCCUGAGACCGGCGGCUCGCGGGACGGCGCCGCUGCGUCUCGCGCGCCGUGUGCGUCGCCGUUCUGCCUCUUCUACGGCGGGCUCUCUGUGAGUCAGGCCCUCGCGGCACUCGACGCGGAGGCUGUGCCGCGAGGCGCUGCACGGCCUGAGCUGCGCGCAGGCACCUCGCUCGUCGCCCGUUCCCUCUCACACGAACUCGAAAACGGGCGCAAACGCCUGGGCAGCCGAGGCGCAGAGAAAGCGGCCACGGCGCCGCACGAGCUCUUCGGCAGGCGCGGCGCAGCCGCAGAAGCCUGGAUGGAGCCUCGCAAGGGACGGCUGCCCCCGCCGGACCUUUUCUUCGCCAGUGACCGCCUCGUGAGGCGCGGAACAGGGGUUUUUGAGAGCUCGGCGGAUGCGUUUCUGCCGCCGCUUUCACAAAUCGCAGAGGUCGAGGGCCUUGAGAGCGAGCUUGCUGUGGAGGCGUCGCUGGCGGCAGCUGCCUCGGGUGCGGACCUCGCUCUCUCGGCUCCACUUGCUUCGGCGUUUGCGCCUCAAGUGGGGCGCGCGUGUGCCGGCGACGCCGCGGGAGCGCGCCUCUUUUUCUCACCGGUGGAUUGGCCUCUGGCUUCUUCAAAAGAGGGAGGCUGCGGCGACGCGUCCACGCGGUCUCCGCUGUCUCCGCCUGAGAGAAGCUGCGCGCCGGCCACCGGCCGCAGGGGCAGCGCGGGCGCGGAGGGCGACCUGCGGCCGCGCCUGCUGUCGCCCGCCUCGGACUCGUCUCGUGCGCAGAUUGAAGAGGGGGACGCGCCCUGGCGACUCUUUGGCAAGGAUGUCGAGCGGAAAAAGGACGAAUAUGCAGAGUUUCUCGCGCAGGCUGAAAAUGCCUUUUCCCUGGUGUGUGAUGGCGGCAGCGUGUGUUUUGCGAGCUACCGCGCGGCGGAGGUCGCGUGCCUCAGCGUGUCUUCUGCCUCCGUCCCCGCCGUCCGGUGUGCGCGCCCCUUCGCCGUUGUCUUCCAUUCCUCGUCCCUGGAGGCUGGAGACGGCGACUUUUCUCUCGACGUGCCUCUCUGCGGCAUCGACUGGCGCCUGUUCGCCUCUUCCCCCUGGCAAAAUCUUUGCGUUGUCGUUGGUUCUUUCCGCACUCCUCAAUUUCGCUGUCCGCGAUCUCGCGCGUCUCUGCUGAGUCUUUUUGCACUCAUCGCGGUCUGCUCGAGCCUGCACGUCUCCGCCCUGUUGCGAGGGCCUGCCGCGCCCUCGCCAGCCCUUCUCGCUGCUGGGUUUGACGGCGUCUCUUCUUACUCGUCUCCGUUCCCUUCUGCCUCCGUCCUCGCGGCGUCUGGUGCGCGACCGGCUCCCCUCGCAUCGUCGCCCCACUGGCUAGCGGCGAUUCCGCCCUUCAGCCCCUCCGCGGCGGCAUCGCCUCUCGCGCGUGCGCCUGCGCAGUCGCCGCUGGCGGACGAGCGGUUUCCGCCCUCAGCCUCCAUCUUCUCUGCGCCGGCUUCAGUCUUGUGGCGCCUACUCUCGAAGCCCUUCGCGCCCUCUGUCGCCCUCCGCACGCCCGCGGUCGCGGCUGCAGAGCCUGGAGACAGCGACGGUCAGGGCUCGUGGUCGACCGUCGCGCUCGGAGACUCCGGCGACGCCUCCUGGCGAUCGCGCGCCCACGGGGCUUUCUUAAUCGUCAAGCGACAGGUCGCGCAGCAGGUGCGCACGCACCGGCCGGAGCUUCGGCGCCUCGUUCAGGGCCUCAUGCAGAUGUUUUUUCAGUGCUUUCGGAGCUUCUUCGGCGUUUACAUUCUCGGGCUCUCUGUGCUCGUCCUGCCGUUCUGCGCGUCCUCCGCGACGCGUUUCGAGACCGAAGUCAACCGCGUGCCCCUAAACGACCCCUACCUCCUCAGCCAGUUGGACCUCCCCGAGGACGCCUCGCCUUCGCUCUUCGGCAUGCCGUACUAUGACGUGGCGCUUGCCCCUCCGCCCGCGGCGUGGCUGUCUCUGCUGAACGAGCAAGGGCACAGCGACGCUCGAGUCGCCCACGACGACUCGACUGGAAGAAGCGAAAAGCCCAGAGGCACCGAAGCCCCGCGUGGCUCCUGCGCGGGCGACGGGGCGGACGCGCCUCAGCGCUGCGCAGACAGCGAGCUGCAGGCGACCGACGCUUGGCGAUUUAACGACCAGGAGGCGGCCGCGAAAGACGGCGGGGAGCAGGAGUGCACAAGAAGAGAGAUGGACAGGCGACCGUUGUAUGGGGAGGCCGAAGGCGAGGCCGCGCGAGCAGACGUCCUCAAGGGAUGGUGGAUCCCUGCAGAAGACAGAAACUCCAAAAAAGCCAUUAUCUGUGCGCACGGCUGGCUCGCGAACCGGCAAGCCUGCCUCCCCUUCCUCGGCGUCGCCAAGAAGAUUGGACUGCACGCCGACCACAACGUGCUUCUCCUGGAUAUGAAGAACUCGGGAGAGUCGAGCUCGCCCGCGACCGCAUUCGGCGCCGGAUGCUCGCCAGAGGGCCCCGGCGGCCGAUGCGACUGGGGGAGCGGCUUUCCGCUUGGCGCGUCUGUCAAGGCGAAGGCGAAGACCGGCGACGCUCUGCUCGGGUGUCAGGCGGCACGAGACCUGCUGCAGGCGAUCCUCUGGAUGAAGAAGACGCACGGAAUUUCGUCGGUAUCCAUCUACGCCCAGGGCGUCUCCGCCAUGGGCACGAUGCUGCUGGUCGGUCGAUACCGUGAGCAGCUGGAGAGUUCGCUGGGCGUCAAGAUCGACAGGGUCGUGUUUGACUCGCCGAUUUGCAACGCGCGCGACGCCAUCGAAAGUCAACCCUUGACGGCGUGCAUUGCCAGGACGGCGCAGUGGCUCCACGAUGUGCUCAUGUGGGCUGUCAACCAGCGGCGCGGCCAGGAGCUGCGCCGAAUGCGUGCGAGCUUGCUGUUGCCCGCCCUGCGCCCAGUCAAAAAGCUGGUUCUCACCAGUCAAGAGGACGAGCUCGCGCCCUGGUCUUCAGUCAGAAAGGAACUGAUGCUUCUUCCCGAGGCGGAUAGACCGGAGUGGACGUAUUUGUUUCCUUCGGGGGCUCACUGCGACGUGAUCCGAGCCAAUCCCGAGGCAUCGAGUGCGGUCCUGAAGGCGUUUUACUCAGAGCCGUCGUUCCUGGGCAGACUGUGGGAAACGAUCGUUGGCAAGCGCGCAGCUGUCUCGGCGGGCUCCGGCGUCCAAGCCCUCGACCCUGAAGACUUCACUAUCUGCCUUGAGAGGCAGGAGAUAGAGGAGGAGCAGCGGCAGAAAGAGCUGGACAAGGCGCGAGAACCCGAAAGCCGCGCGAAAGUCGGGAGAAAGAAACUCGCCAUUGCCGCUGCAGCCUCCGUGCUCGACGCCCUCUCAUUUCUCUGA